AACGUCAGUGACCAAUGUGUGGUUCGGUGCUUUUGGUAUUUUGAAGCGCUUUGCGUAACACGAACAAAUUCAUUUCCGAACAGUAAAAAUGAGUCUUCGUGUAACAAAAUCGAUCCUCAAUACCGGACGUGCCUUUCUGGUAAGACACGCGUCAAUCAAAGCUACGACAGCUUCGGUUCCGGUUAAGGAGAAAUGGGAUCUCUACGCUGGGGUGCUGGUUGAGCGCCCGCCGGUGAUCACCAAAACCAUGGACCCCAUAGAGGCUAACUUUAGGAGCAUGCUAACGCAAAUCGAGUUUGAAAACAGCCUGAAAUCCAGUCACGAAAUUCGGAAGGAGGUGGAAAAGCGCCAAGCCGAAUUGCUGAAAGCGGGAAAGAUCGAUUUGGACUCGGAAGCGCUAAAGCAAACCGCCCAGGAUCUGGAAGAUGCCUACAAUGAUGAGUUCGGUAAAUUCAGCCCUGCGCCGCGUGUAACGGAGGCCGACAAGAAGAACGACCAAAAAUCGCUCAAUCGGAAGCUGGAGGAAACGCUGGUGCUGCUGACGGAGCAGAAACUCGGAGACAAAGUUCAUCUUCUACUACCCCAGGGGAAACACUCGGCCGGCGAAUCAUUACGGCAAACAGCCGAACGUGCCCUGAAGGAAAACGCGGGUGAUGGUCUCAAAGUAACAUUCUACGGAAACGCCCCGGUGGGAUUCUACAAGUACAAAUACCCAAGUGCAACCCGACAGGAGGCUGUUGGCGCGAAAGUAUUUUUCUUCCGCUGCGCUUUAAAUCCGGGCAGCCAACAUCAGGUGGACCAAAAAGUUAAUUUCAAGUGGUUGGUGCAAUCGGAACUGGAGCAAACUCUGCAGGAACCUUACUACAAUAGCGUAUCUCAGUUCCUGCUGUAAUUCUACGAUGAAUAAACACACAUAGACAUAUAAA